ACUCUGGGGCCCAUACAUCCCACAGAUCCACUCCAAGUUGAAUGGGGAUUUGCAAUCCACAGUCUGUCCAUACAUAUGUGGCAGCGGGGACCUGAAGGUCCCACUCGCCCCAUUGGUUUUCAUUCUCGCAGCCUAAAAGAUGCUGAAAAACGAUACUCUGCUUGGGAAAAAGGCCUGUUUGUGGUCUGUUUAGCCCUGCAGGAAGCAGAGAAGACAAUUCGACACCAAUCAAUCAUCCUGCGAGGGCCUUUUAAGGUUUUAAAGCCAGUGAUAUCUGGAACCCCCCCUCCUGCAGGGGUAGCUCAGAGAGAAACAGUCCGGAGAUGGUAUGCACAAAUUGAUCAUUACUAUCACUCUCGUCAAAUAACUGAAGGAGCUCCAAAAAUACUCCAAAUACAAGAACAAUCUUGUAAGCUACCUGAUUCAAACCCUCCUCCUUCCUGUAUAAAACCUGCUCCCACUUUUGAACCUCACUUAAAAAAUGUUUGGUUUACAGAUGCUUCUGCCAGACGAGAAGGAAAAGUGUGGAAAUAUCGAGCUGUGGCCCUACAUGUUGAUUCAGGGAACAGGGUAGUGACAGAAGGAGAAGGGAGUGCUCAGGUCGGGGAGUUAGUAGCAGUAUGGAGUGUAUUUACCAGAGAAGCAGACACUGAAGGAGACACAUACAUUUACACAGAUUCCUAUGCAGUAUUCAAAGGAUGUACAGAGUGGCUCCCUUUUUGGGAACAAAAUCAAUGGGAAGUGAAUCAAGUAUCAGUGUGGCAACAAGAAAAAUGGAAAGAGAUUCUAAACAUUGCUAGACAAAAAACAUUCCUUGUAGGAUGGGUUGCUGCACACCAAACAGAUAACAACCCUGCUCAUCUGUUAAACAAUCAAGUAGACUCACUGACACGGUUAGCUAAGAUAACAAUAGAGGGAGAGGGACAAAAUUGGGAACGUCUGUUAGAAUGGUUACAUGUAAAAAGAGAUCACUCAGGAAACAGAGAUCUGUUUAAAGAAGCAAUCAGUAGAGGGUGGCCAGUUACCAGGGAACUGUGCAACACAGUGAUCUCUGCCUGUAGUCUAUGCCGCACCAGGUUGAAAGAUCAUGAUCCACUGAAAGAUCCACCCCUGCACCUGAGGGAUAACAAGGGAUUGUGGGAUACCUGGCAGGUAGACUACAUCGGUCCUUUCAGAAUUUCUUAUGGAAAACAAUACAUCCUGGUUGGGGACCAAUGGGCUCCUAAAGCGAGCCAUAAAACCUCAUAACCCUGAAUGGGCCUCCAGAGUUUCUGAUGCAGUAACCAAAAUCAAUAGC